AUAACGGAUAUCGUUUAUGUAAAUUAGUGACGUCAUAUCUAAUUUCCUGCCGAUGCGGCGUGCAAUCGAUAGUUUUCAGAAUCACAAAAUAACGCCGACUUUCACGGGAAGCUGAAUUUGUUGACACAUCCAAUUUUUUUGCUGUGAAGUUUUUUGGCUGAACCCAGUUUUUUCCUAAGACAUCAUUACAGUUUUUCACAGAAUUGUGAGGCCAGUUUUUUCCAACCGUUUCUGCAUUUUUUAUCUACAAGUUUGAAGCUCCAAAAAGGGACAUAAAUCACCAUGUCGUACGACGAUAAUCCAAACAAGACCAACUUGAUCAUCAAUUACCUUCCCCAAGUCUACACAGACGAUGAAAUGUACACGCUGUUUGCAACGAUCGGGAACGUGGUAAACUGCCGCAUCAUUCGAGACAAGAACACCGGCUACAGCUACGGAUUUGGGUUUGUCGAAUACUCGUCCCCGGAAGAAGCCCAGAAUGCUAUCAUGUCCUUGAAUGGGUGCGAGAUCCAAAAUAAGCGGAUCAAGGUUGCUUUGGCACGUCCACCUGGGGAGAACACAAAGGGAGCUAACCUGUAUGUCCGUAACGUUCCCCAACAUUACUCUGAGGAUGAUUUGAGGGACAUUUUCGCACAGUAUGGCACUAUUGUCCAAGUCCGAAUCCUAAUUGAUCAUAACACCAAUAUGUCCAAGGGGGUAGGUUUUGUCCUGUUUGAGUCCAGGAGCAUGGCGGAAAAUGCCAUGGCAUGGAACAACAAGGUGCCCCCUAAUGGCACCCUGCCAUUGUCAAUCAAGUUUGCAGAUGAGAAUUCAAAGAAGGUUCGACCUCCUCCCGGGGAAAUGGGUGGCUAUGGUUACGGGAUGCAGUCACGCGGUGGCUUCUCUGGUGGUCCGAUGAGAGGGCCAGCUGGGGGGAGCAGGAUGAGGUAUAAUCCCAUGGGCACUGGGGCUGGAAUGGGGAAUGGGUAUGGGUCCUACUCUGGAGGCUACCAAGGGGGCUAUGUCAGUCCUGCUGGGGCAGCCCCAAAAAGGGGCAUGGGUGUACGGAUGGGAACUCCAGGGAGGGGUGCGGCAAGAAACUCUGGGAGUCCAUAUGGGGCUGGGGCCACUCAGUUUGGGGCGGGGGAUGCGUCGGACACAGAUGGGACCAUCUUGUUUGUGUACAAUAUCGGGGUAGAUGCCACAGAAGGUGAUCUCUGGAACCUGUUCACGCCCUAUGGUAUGGUAAAAAAGGUCAACAUCAUUUGGGAUCAUGCUAAGAAUCAGUGUAAGGGGUUUGGCUUCGUUACCAUGUCCACCCUUGACGAAGCCAAAUAUGCGAUUGAGUAUUUGAAUGGGUUCUACUACAAAACUGCACCCCUCCAGGUCUCAAUAAAGACUGAUAAGAAAUGAGCCAUUCUUGGGGAAAUAAACCCAUACAAUUAAAAAAAGUUCUCACAUUGUAGUGUUGUAGUACUUGAUUUUGGACUUUUUUGUCUUGAAACUUUAGAAAAUUACCGGCUUGAUUUCAUGUACUUAUGGGGCAGCUAAAUCAGCUGCAAUGGAUUGGUGAAAGAUUGACAAUGUAUAUGGAAUAUUGUUGUGUUUACAAUUUGUAUUGUUUUGUUUAGUGACAAAUUGUUAGACUGAUCAUUCAUUUGUUUCUUAUGAGUUUUACUUUUAGUAUUUCAUGGUAACAGUUGAUAAAACAGUGUUAUAAUAGAGCAAUAGUUUUUACACCUUAUCAGUUGGCAAGAAAUACCAUAAAAAUUUUCUUGUACAUUUUAAGCUCGUUUGUUGCAUGAAAAUUCUUAACAAAAAUAUUGAUGUAUCAUAAAUGGAAAAUCAGAUUGCUUGUGAAUUCUUUUCAGUACUUGUUUGUCAGAUCCUUGAUGUAAAUGUCUUACCGAUAAGUUUUGGUUGUGUAAAGUAAGGACUAAUUUCUCAUAUUUUUGUUUUAAAAACAGUAACAUGCACACUUCCUUUUCGCUUCUUUUCAUGAUUUUGUGGAUAAUUGUCAACAGUUGUUUUUGUAUGUGUACAUGUUUUUUUAGCUCGGCUGUUUUCGAAGAAAACCCGAGCUAUUGGCAUAGCCAGCUCGUCGUCCGCCGUCUGACGUCCGCCGUCUGACGCCCGCAGUGCGCGUCGUGCUAAAAACCUUUACAUUGGCUCUAAAAUCAAAGUGCUCCCACCUACAACUUUGAAACUUCAUAUGUAGAUGCACCUUGAUGAGUUUAUCACACCACACCCAUUUUGGGGUCACUAGGCCAAAGUUCAAGGUCACUGUGACCUCCAAAAAAAAAUUUAAAAAUCUGAAAAACUUUCAUUUGUUCAAAACUGCACCUACAGCCGAGCGUUGGCACCCGUUAUGCGGUGCUCUUGUUAAACCUUUUUGCCAUUCUGUUUGAUGUAUUUUGUCUGUAUUUUGAUUUAAAGUAAUACAAAUAAUGUUAAUUUCCUGGAAAUUACUUAUUCGAUGAGCACUAAGUCACAUUUACUUUCCAUUGUUUCUUGGAACUGGUGACAGACAUAUGACUUCUUCAUACAUGUGCAAACUGUGAAAUCUACAUGUACCAUAUAUUUGUGUAAUAUUCAAAGCAAUUUUAUGCGAGUUUUCUUUUUUGUUUGCAUUGGAUUGAACUAAAAAUGUAUAAGGCAUUUUUUAUUUUAUUUUAUUAACAAAGUGCUUGUGCUCAGGUUAAAAAAGAAAGGCAAAACUGUCGAAUAAUAAUAAUGAUUUAUUAAUUCAUAUAGUAUAAUGACUUGCCUGUAAGGUGAUUUGGUUCAAACGAAGCAGCCAAUCUAUACAUCAAGCAUCUUCAACUUUCUUCAUUAGUUGUUGCGCAUGAGUGACUGAGAUUUGUCCCAUUUUUCCCUUUUGCUACAUUUAUAGUAGUUAACAAAUUGGUUUAUUUAAGUUUUGCAAUAAUCAUUUUAAACUUCUAUUUGAGGAACAGAUGUGCAUUAUCUGUCUUGUGUCAUUGGCAUUUUUAUAUUGGUUAUUCUGGCAUUCUAUCAUCCAAGUGUUUGUUGUAAAUAAAAAAUGCAGAAACAGUA